GGCAUGCGGCGCCGGCCGGUAGGCGGGUGCUCAGCAGCUGCCAGCCGCGCUGCAGCGCCGAGGCCGCGGGCCGGCCAGCCGCCAUGGUGGACUACUACGAGGUCCUGGGCGUGCCGCGGCAGGCCUCAGCUGAGGCCAUCCGCAAGGCGUACCGCAAGCUAGCGCUAAAGUGGCACCCGGACAAGAACCCCGAGCACAAGGAGGAGGCGGAGAGGCGGUUCAAGCAGGUGGCGCAGGCCUACGAGGUCCUGUCGGACGCCCGCAAGCGCGAGGUGUACGACCGCUGCGGCGAGGUGGGCGAGGUGGGCGGCGGCGGCGCGGCGGGCAGCCCGUUCCAGGACGCCUUCCAGUACGUCUUCUCCUUCCGAGACCCCGCCGAGGUCUUCAGGGAGUUCUUCGGGGGCCGCGACCCCUUCUCCUUCGACUUCUUCGGAGACCCGCUGGAGAACUUCUUUGGGGAUCAGAGGAGCUCCCGGGGAAGCAGAAGCCGAGGAGCCGUGCCCUUCUCUGCCUCCUUCACCGACUUCCCAGGGUUUGGGGGUAGCUUCACUUCGUUAGAUACCGGAUUCACAGCCUUCGGUUCUCCGGGAAACUCGAGCCUUUCUUCUUUCGCCAUGUCCUGUGGGGGUGGGGCGGCAGGCAACUACAAGUCGGUGUCAACCUCCACCAAAAUAAUCAAUGGCAAAAAAAUCACCACCAAGAGAAUCGUUGAGAAUGGCCAAGAAAGGGUGGAAGUGGAAGAAGAUGGAGAGUUAAAGUCCCUGAUAAUUAAUGGCAAAGAGCAGUUACUUCGCAUCAAUACUCAGUAAAGACAUGAAGUGCGUUUUAAGGCCGAUCAGGGCUUUUUUUGUCUAAACGCGUUUUCAAGGGAACUCUACUUUCAGAACAACUGUAUUCAAGACAUUAUAUGCAGUUCACGCCGGGGCCUCCUGUUAUUGUUGGGACGACAGGGAUAGGAUCACUCUUGGUCGUUAUACCUGUUGUAAAUAUCUGUAUCCCGUUGGCACUUAUUAAACUUAAUCCUGAGGCAGAGCACCGUUAUGUCCUAGUGCUAGGAGACACUGUUCGCAGCACCUAAACUGCACAAUGUCCAUUUUGUUGAAAAUUCGGCCCAGAGAGCUUUCUGUGGGCCACGUAGCUCCUCUUCCCCACAUGCACUCUGUGGUGGAAGAUAUGUAUAGACUGAGUCUUUAGUUUAAAUUUAAAAAAAAAGAAAAUAGCUUUUAGUUUACCUAAAAUGAUGCUGAUAUGGGAACAGUUCACCGCUGUUUAAAGGUUGAAACUAGGUUUUUAAAAGCAGUUAAGUUGAAGAAAGGGAACUGUAUGUCACUGCUGCAGUGAAUUACCAUGAGUGUGGCAGUGUAUAUCACAUUUAUCCUUCCCAACUUUUGUGGGCUAAAAAUCUGAAAUCCAUUUCAGUGGGCCAAAGGGAGGGUUGUCAAGGAUCAUGCUCUCUGAAGGUUUAGGGUUGCCUUUGUCAGUCAAGGUCUCAGUGUGUAGUGAGCUGGGUAGUGCUCAGCCCUAAAAUUGUUCUACAACAGUGGAAGAUGCUGGAAGUGAAAUGUGCUUUUUUCAGGACAAACAAGCUUUUCGAUUGCCAUAUAUAAUAUAUAUGCAGAUAUGUAUAUAAGUAAGAGAGUCCAUUCUGUUAGCACAGUUGGGUGCUUUCAGAAGAUGGUUGCCUGUAGAGAGAGUACAAUACAGAAUAUUCUACCUCGUUCCAAUUAGUCUGUGAAGACUUGAUAAGAUAUGGAAGCAAAAGGGAUCUGAAUAGGUUUAAGAUGCCAUACUUUGUAAUUCUCUACCAAGAGGUCAUGGGACACGUAGCACUAAUAUUACCAUAAAUAAGACUACAUGAAAAUAUAUUGGAUAGCCUUACUACCCCAAAAGUGUAACCUCAUGCAGUGGCAUAUAUACGAUACACAGCAGAAACACGAGAUUCAAUACUGUCCCCAGGGCACACAGAGUCUUUAGAAAUCAUGUCAAUAAAAUAGUCACUGCAGUACUGCAGCAGCUGCUUUCUAAACAAGUUCCCAAAUCAAACCAACCACCAGACUUUGAAAUACAAAAAUGCUUUCUCCAUCCUAGUGAUCAAAUAAAGACAGUCACUGAGGGUUAGGGAGAUGGCCUAGGGGUUUGAGUGCUUCCUAGACAAGCAUCCCCAGAAAUGUACAAGAAGGUCUGGUGUGUGUGAUAGUCCUUAGGAGGCCGAGACGUGGG